AUGCGCUCAUCUAUGGGUGCAUGUGCGCACGCAGCUCUUUUCGCCUCAGGUUCUUUGGCUUCGCAGCGGCCGACCCUUCUUGCAGCAAUGUCCACGCCCGAAAUCAUCAUCAACCGCGAGGAUAUCAUCAAGGAGGGCUACCUCGUCAAGCAGUCGAAGCACUUCAAGGAGUGGCGCAACAGGUGGUUCGUCCUCACGCCGCAGUACCUUUGCAGCUUCAAGGAGCAGGGCAUCCUGCGGAAUCCCACGGAGGCCAUCCGGUUGCGCGAGUGCUGCACGGUGAAGUCUGCGGACGAGGACACCGGCAGGGAGCACUCCUUCCGUGUGGACACGCCUGGGCGCGUCUUCUACCUGAUCGCCCAGAACUCCACCGAGAAGGAGGCGUGGAUUGGGCACGUGGGGCGCAUGAUGGUUCGCCCGACGGUCCUGACAGAGGAGGAGGAGCAGUACGACUGA